AUGCAGCGGUAUCUCCAGCGGACUGUCCCUGUGGCGCCCCUGCGCCUGAGCAUCUCUGGCAACUCGAGCACUGAAGGUGUGCAUGCCGACGCUGCCCCUCUGUUAGAGUCGAGGUUCUUGCGCCGCCUUCGUGCGGAGGUCGACCGCGAAGCGCGGGCUGAGCAACUCUGUAAAGGCACAGCCGCACGGGCCAUACAGCAGGCUUUCAGGCGCUGGGCACAGACGCGCCAGCUUCAACACCGGCAUCUUUCCAUCCAUGGCAUUGUACGGCCACGCUGCGAGUUCGAUCCCAUUCGCGCCGCCGAGCUGGAUGCAGCUCUCUGCUCCAUUCAAGCGUCGCUGCGCGUGUGGGCGAGCAGUCGCCUUGUCGAGGCGCGCCGAUUGAAGCUGCUUCAGCAGAUCACCUCUAGCGUGCUCGACCCGGCAUGCCGGACAACGUUGCGCUGCGCCGCAUCGAUUCGGCACAUUAACGACCGACAACUGCGCGAGGUGCUGUGCCGUCAGGAGGCCGUGGAGCGUCGGGAUCUGCUACGGCGGCACUUUGUCUUCUUGGUCUGCUGUCACCAGGCCUUCUUUAACGACCCGCGUAUGUGGGACGCUGGCAUGUCGAUUCGGCGUAUUCCUCUGUACACGCACCACGGUCUGUUGUCGGCCGAGACGUUGCCCGUGAUCUGGGGUACUAGGACGUCGUCAUCAACACUGAAUAGCGCCACAGAAGAUUCUGUUGCGCUGCGCGGUGACGCUGUGGCGUCACCGCUGCCACCAGAGUCGUCGUCGUUCUCGGUGACCGCCACCGUUGACGGGUGCAUCAAGGGCUGGGGCUCACCAGCGGAACCGGGCUCGAGCCUUUUGGAGGCUGUCGGUAGCGACUGGCUUGUUGGCAAGGAGGAGGAUGGCGGCGGCUUUGACAUCGACGCGGCUCUGCGUCUAGGCGAGUACCGCCUCUUAUUUUCGCCAGAGGAGUGGCGCCUUCUCAAGAAGCUGAAGGCGUCGUCUCCGCACCCUGCCUCGCCCCUCCUCAGCAGCGGCGCAGAUGGGCGACGCGCAGCACGCGACGCCGCUGGACUUCCGGAGGCCGAGGCGGGUGCACUUGCCGCGCCUCGAGGCCAGCUGCAGAUGGCGCCGACCGAGGCUGCAGCCAAAAGUGCCUGCUCGCUGAGCUACGCCAAGGCCUUCGCGUCGGCCUUGACAUUUCUGCGACAACCGCGUAUGGUCGAUCCAAGUGUGCGCUGCACCGUGCAGCGCUUAAACGACAUCCGCAGCAGCACCCUGGAAAUGCAACAGGAGCUGCGCGUGCACGGCUACCUCUUUGCAGCGCAAGUGGCACCACUUCUGAUCCUCGGGUUCCACUACCAAGGGCUAGCACGAGGGGACGCCGACUUGUCCUGCUUUACCACCACCUCAGCCAUGAAAACGUGCAGGCCUCUUGUGGCCGGACGCGUAGCGUGCGCGGCGACCGAGCUGCGUCGAUGCCUUAUUGGAGCGGUGCACUACAGCGGCGGUGCGGCGGAAUCGGUGCUACCUGUGGCGCUGGAGGAGCACAAAUGCAGCGGUAAGGCUGCAGCGCGGACGCUAAGUCAGAGGCUGCCACCGGCGGGUGUUUCGAGGUCAAUGCUGUUGCCGCCGCGUGCAGCCCCCACGGCGGGACUCAUGCGCGACGGCUUCGCGAACCCCGGAACUGAGGCUCUCUACCAUGCUCCCGCCAAGACGACGCGGCGCGCUGGUGGCGCUGAUCCUAGGUGCGGGUCAUCACACACGGCGUCAAGGCACGGUAGCGCGAUACGCGUUGCCCUCGCUGCGGAGUGGAGCCGACGGCUGGCCUCCAGUGCAGAUGAGGUUGGCCCCUACUGGUGUGAGUUUCUCUCGUCGACGGGACUCGACGGGCUUGUGACCGCCGCUGGCAGGCGGGGCGAGACGCCUGGUGAAGCCGACGCGGCGUACCAGACUCGCGCCUCGUUGCCGUCACCACCACUGCCGACGCGGGUGAGACGGGGUCUCGAAUCACACCUUGUUCAUGGCGGCUCGUCCUAUCUCUUGCAGGAUUUUAUGCCAUCGCUAAUGCGACGACGCGCACACAGCCGCGCUGGUCCACAGCCUCUCGAUGCAGCCACCGGCUCUGUCGUUGUCGCCGUCGCGUGUGCAGGAGCCUCUCCGUCAACUUCGGUGUCUACCUCCACGUGCGGAAUGGUGCAUGCUGGGGAGUGGUGGGAUGCCGUGGAGCGGUUGCUGCUGCGAGAGUACACGAAUCGCAGAGAGCUCUUGACCAACGAGGCUGUGCAGAGAAGCUCCAUCGACAUACUGCGCUGCACGGCUCACCCAUCUGCGGAUGAGUCCGUCGCGGGGGUGUAG